AUGUCUGACGAGGAGGAAGUGCUGUAAGUUCUUUUUUUCGUAACCAUAUUGUCUGUGAAUGUGAUGUGAAUAAUUUUCAGUUCCGGUGAGGAGGAGGAGGAAGUGGAAGAGUCCCUGGCCGAGGAGGUCGAGGAAGCCGAAGAGGCUGCUGCUGAGGAUGCUGCCGAGGAAGAUGCCGAGGCUCCAGAAGAGGAGGCUCCGGUUGAGGAGAAGCCGAAGCCACGUCCACCAGUCCAAGAGGAGAAGCCACCAGCAGAGAUGACCGAGGCUGAGGCUGCCAUGCUUGUAUGCCACACCUUACAUAGAAAUCUUUAAAAUCUACAGUGGAAACUUUCAGGCCGCCAAGAAGCGUCACGAGGAAGAGGAGGCCGCCAAGCUUCUCGACUACGAGCAGCGCCGUGUGCUCGAAAAGGAACGUAUGGAGGAGGAACUCCGUGAGCUCAAGGAGAAACAGGAGAAGCGUCGUGCUGAACGUGAGGAUGACGAGCGUCAGUUCGCCGAGAGAAGACGUCAAGACGAGGAGCGCCGCCGCAAGGACGAGGAAGAUCGCAAGGCCAAGGCCGAUGCCGAGAAGGCCCGCAAGAAUGAGGAGAAGGCCCGUCGUCAGCAGAUGAUGGCCGGAUCUUUUGCAGGAGCUGCCGCAGCCGGAGGACCAGGAGGAAAGAACUUCAUCGUCUCCUCCAAAGGAGAACAGGCCGCUCACUUCGGAAACCUCGCUUCGGGAGCCAAGGCCGCCGAAGUGUCCAAGGAGCAGCAGGAGGAGGCCAAGAAGGCCUUCCUCAACGCCGUCUGCAAGGCUCAGGACGUCUCUGGACUCAUGCCAAACGACUUGAAGGAUAGAAUCAAGCAAUUGCACGCCCGCAUUGUCAAGCUUGAGGGAGAAAAGUACGAUUUGGAAAAGAGACGUGAGCGUCAGGACUAUGACGUGAGUUUCGAUCCAAUCCAUUAGAGUUUAAAAUUCUAUUAUUUCAGCUCAAAGAGCUCAACGAGCGUCAACGCCAAGUCGCCCGUAACAAGGCUCUCAAGAAGGGACUCGACCCAGAGGAGGCCGCCUCUUCCGUCCAUCCGCCAAAGAUCACCACCGCCUCCAAGUUUGAUCGCCAGAUCGACAGAAGAUCCUACGGAGACCGCCGUGAACUCUUCGAGACUCCCUUCGUCAAGCCGGCCUACACCCUCGUCCACGGAACCGCCCGACCGCCAGCAGAGUGGGGACGCAAGGAGAAUGAGGAGCUCGAGCAGAUCAGGUUAGAGAUCACAAGGUUAUAAGAUGUAAACAAAACGCAAUCUCAGAAAGAACCUGGAACCACCAAAGUACACGGAGCAGGUAAAGGCCGAGGGAGACGCCGCCAGACCUCCAGUUGCCCCGAUCCCACUCCAGGUUCCGGAGAAGGAGUUUGAAGAUGGACCAGCCAAGAACCCGAAUGAGGGAGCUGUGAGUUGAUAAUACCUCUCUUGGCUAGAUAACCUCAUCAUUAUUUCAGGAGGUCGUGAUCCCAGACAGUGAAGCCGCUGCCGAGCCGGUUGCCGCCUAA